ACUGGGCACAUUGCCAAUUUGACGUUUGACAUAGCACGUCACGUCAACAUCCGCCCAAGAUUGUUGUCCGUGGUUCAUCUGUCACUCGCUCUUCUCUCUUUCUCUUUGUAAUCGUCAGCGAGUGCAGUCGCGUUUGGUGCAAUGGCGUCCAAAGUAUCCCGUGACAUUCUCUAUGAAUGCGUCAACGAAGUCCUGAAGGGCUCGGAGACGAAGCGCCGCAAGUUCCUGGAAACGGUGGAACUCCAGAUCGGUCUGAAGAACUACGAUCCCCAGAAGGACAAGCGUUUCUCCGGCACCGUCAAGCUAAAGUACAUUCCGCGCCCGAAGAUGCAGGUGUGCGUGCUCGGUGACCAGCAGCAUUGUGAUGAAGCCAAGGCCAACGAUAUCCCGUUCAUGGAUGCGGAAGCCCUGAAGAAGCUGAACAAGAACAAGAAGCUGGUGAAGAAGCUAGCCAAGAAGUACGACGCUUUCCUGGCAUCCGAGUCGCUGAUCAAGCAGAUCCCGCGUCUGCUCGGUCCCGGUCUGAACAAGGCUGGUAAGUUCCCGGGUCUGCUUGGCCACGGUGAAUCGAUGGUGCAGAAGAUCGACGAGGUGAAGGCCACCAUCAAGUUCCAGAUGAAGAAGGUCCUGUGUCUGUCGGUUGCCGUCGGUCACGUCAAGAUGUCCACCGAUGAGCUGGCCCAGAACAUCCAUCUGUCCAUCAACUUCCUCGUGUCGCUGCUGAAGAAGCACUGGCAGAACGUGCGCUCGCUGCACAUCAAGUCAUCCAUGGGUCAGGCUCAGCGACUGUACUAAGUGGGAGAAAAGGGGGAGUGUGUCGUGUUGUGGCGUAUUUUUCACCGCAGAAACGAUCAUCUGCUACUGAAGUAAUGCUUUUUGUCGCAUUAUUGAGGUAAACAAAAAAACGGUAUCAAAAUAAAGGGUUGUUCUGCCAAGGACAAUAACAAACCUAA